AUGGUGACAUCAAUAAGCAUUUCUGUGGAAGCUCCAUGUGAAAACCAAAUUCAAGAAAUCACUUACGAUGGACAAGAAAUUUAUCAAACACCACUUACACUCUCGGAGAAUUUAGCAAAAACUGCACAAAAAAUAGAUUUCAACAAAACAAAUACCUCAACUUCGGAUACCGAUGACAUAAAUGAUGAUCAAGCUGGGGAAGAUGGUGAAAACUAUAAUAAACAAGAUUCCAAAGAUUCGUCUCAAAAAGAGAAGACAAUGGCUCAUGUUUACGCAAGUAAAAAAGCAUUGGAGGGUGCAACCAGUGUCUUGUUCAGUGCUGUUGAACGGCUAAAAAACAGCCGGAAUGACGUAGCCGCGAAUAGAUCAACUUCUGAGUUCCACGUUGAGUUACUGCGACUCCGUCAGAAUUGGCGUUUGAAAAAAGUAUCCAACUCAAUAAUUGGUGAUUUAAGUUACCGAACAGCUGGCUCUAAAUAUGCUCAAGCGGGAAUAUUUGAGGUAACUAAAGCAGACGACGAUGAAAAUGCAACAAGCCUUCCGAAAUCAAGCUCUCCAUCUGCUAGCCAAUCAGGAACAUUAUUAUCACCACCAAAGACCUCAUCACUCCGGGUGUCUAUUCCAAGUGAAUUGCAAGGCGUUGCUUACAUAAAAGUUUUGUGCCAAAAAGACCAAGAAGAUUUGUGCAAUUUCAAUUUAAAUUUAUCGCCUUCGAAUACAGCAAAACCUGACAGCGACAUGGACUGGCAACAAAAGCUAGAAGCUGCGCAAAAUGUAUUAUUUUGCAAGGAAUUGUUCAACCAAUUAGCGCGCGAAGCGAUACAGUCACAUGCAUCAAUUCCACAUUUGGUAGUCGGUAACCAAAUAACAGCAUCUAUUUUUCCAAAUAUUCAUUUAGUAAUUGCACUGUGUCAUGGUCACAGCGCUACUGAUAAUAAAAAAUCAGCAUCUACGUCAACCUCAACCUCCGCACCUUCAACUUCAACAAACACCGCUGAACAUGACCACGUCCUUGAGCACUCGCUUCAUCAAUUGCUAAGAGAAGUUCACUAUAAAAAUAGCCAUCACUCCUUUCCCCAUCCGUCGUCGGGUCAAUUUUGGCCGAGCAAACGCCGCUGUAUUGCUGGGCCAACCGCUGCUGAUCGCUACGAACUUGUGGAAAUGACCAAGAGUCAAACGAUCCUAGAGCAAAUAAUCAAACAAACUCAACAUUACAUAAUGAGAAGACGCGCUGCCUUUGUAUUGGAUUCGAUCGCCAAAGAUGUAAAAGAUCCGAUAAUUGUUUCGCACUGGAAUGCACUGAGUACACCGACACUCGCCUGUGUUAAAAUAAAUAUAUGGACUGAGGGUUAUGAUACUGUUUGUCGUACUUCCCUGGCCAUUUAUGUUUACGAAAAAACAUUCAAAUGUGUCUGCAGAGACGGCAGAGUGAUGCACAUGAGCUAUGAGCCACAAGAACUUCGUAAUCUGCUGCUUUGUCAAAUAACUCAGCAUCAAAUAUUGGCGGCACAAAAUUUAGCCAAAUGUAUGGGUUGGCAAUUUUUAGCAAACAGCUCGCAUCUCGGUUUAGGUCCUGUUGAACCACUGGGCAAUGCCAAAAGCUGUCUUCUAGCUUCUCCAAAUGGCGACCGUAUGAUCGCAGUUCGUUGUAAUGCUCAGAAUGGUGUCCAAGUCUCGACUUCGCAUUCCCCGAGAACGGAUUUCUAUCCGGGGCAAGUUGUACGUGAACGUAAAUGGGAACACCAGUGCGGGCCAUUCAAAGAAGUCCAAUGGGAUAAAAUGGAGGGGAAAUCUUUUUUGAAUAAAAUGGAAUUACUGAUGGCAUCACUUACUUGCUCACAAUAG